GUUUAUUGAGACAACGUGGACCAACGUAGGUGAGUUCGAGUGUUCAAUAUACGUUGCAACUAAGAAGAAAAGUCAUACAAAUUCAUCUCCAGCCAACCAGAUCAAGGAAUUUUAGCUCAGAUUUAAUCACAAAAUUUCAAAGCGAUUAAUAUGACGAUGAUCCAACUUGAGAUGUAAGAUGGCAGAGAUCUUUGAUUAUAUUAUCUGCAUUAUAUAUCUAAUAUAUUGUGGGGAUAAGACCAACCACAAGAGAGAAGCAAACUUAACUCUCUGCUCAAACUCAAAUGGAAUUUAGGCGACACUCAACUCAAGCUCUAACUUUAUCGUCCAUGUCUUUCCUACGUCAUGUUAAGGCAGUUGAAGAAGGUUAGAUAAGAAGACGAAAAUACAACGCAUACGUUAAUUAUCAGUGAAGCAUAAAACUUCCCUUUUAGCAAAACAGUAUAUCAAGUACUUUUGUAUCACAACAAGAUCAAAAUGCAUGGUUUGUGUCAUGAAAACUUUUAACGUAUACUUCGUUCGGGAAAUGUCUUCUAUCUUGCGAUUUAGAGCUUGAAUUGACGCAAUCAAAUUUUCAGCGUCAUGCAUACUUUCACCGUUCUAAAGUGCUGCAUUGUAAUUUCAGAUCGAAUUGUAAACAAACUCUCUGCCAGAAAUAUUUUACAUAAAUUCGAAUUUGAUUAAUAUAAACUGAUAGAUUUAGAUACUUAUGUGAUUUAUAGGCUUAGUUAGCGGUUAGAACUGAAAAUCUGUUAGGACUGUUGAAUAUGAAAUGGUCCAACAGUCUGCCUAAACACCGCUACAAAAGUAUGCAGAUCGAAUUUUGUUUGAUCGACCAAAAUAUUUUGUCGGGUCAGUUUUCUUUGGCUAAGUUCAGCGAGUUUCAAAUUCUGUAAUCAAAAAUCAAUUUAAAAUUAUAAAAAUUAAACGAACUUGAUACGGAGGCGAUGCUGACGAGACAUUAGCGGCGUCUAAACAUAUACCAUCGGCAUUGAACUUCCUUUUCAGCAAUUCAUGAUUUAACAAAAUGGCCAAAGAAAAAAAACACAGGAAGUACUUUACAGGCCAUUUCAUUGAUUUUCUAGUAAUGACGUAAACCUAUUAUGACUACAGCUUUCCUCUCUAUUGAUCAGACUUUCGAGCGGAAACUGCCAAAAGAUUUUCUCAACGCCCGCUUGAUGAUAUGAAACAAGCUAAAUUUCAGGUUUUGUGAGAGGAGGGAUGAGUAGUUAGUGCUUCAGUAGAAUUUCAUAGUUAGCUCCUUUUGGGGAAUCAUGUUAUUAAAAAGCAAGUCAGGCAUCAGUAUUGUUAAGUUAGUCGUGUUGGUAUUAGGUUGCAGAAACAUUCAAUACUGUGGUUGCAAUAGAUUUAGAUACUUCUGUGAUUUAUAGGCUAAGCUAGCGGAUAGCACCGAAAAUCUGUCAGAACUUUUGAAUGAAAUGGUCCAACAGUCUGCUUAAACACCGCUAGAAAAGUACGCAGAUCGAAUUUUGUUUGAUCGACCAAAAUAUUUUGUCGGGUCAGUUUUCUUUGGUUAAGUUCAGCGAUCAAACCCAAAUAAUUUUGAACUAAAUGGCGUCUGAAAACAAUAUUUUUAGAAGUUUGUUCAACAUUUAAAAAUCAAUUAAAUCAAUCAAUUAAAAAUAAUAAAAAUUAAACGAACUUGAUACGGAGGCGAUGCUGACGUGACAUUAGCGUCCAAACAUUUACCACCAGCAUUUCACUUCCUUUUCAGCAAUUCAGGAUUUAAUAAAAAGGGAAAUGAUGAUUUAACUAGAAUAUUUCUCUCGGUUGAUAUCUCGUUGAGUUCUCAUUGCAGUCGCCGUCCUGAUGUUACAUAAGGUCUGUUAUUGUGUCACGGAAAAAAAGAACCAGCAUGUUCCCUUCUUUCAGUGACUGAAGAGGUUACUUGCUAACUACCUAGCUGUAGGUAGACACCUCUCUUUCCAGUCGGAUUGAUAAUCGAGACUUUCGUCGUUACGGUUUACAAAACAGAGUCAAAGUGUUUUAGGUAAGUCUUGCCCAUAAUGCUAACUGAAAUGCCUUGAACGUUAGAAUUACACGAACGCCUGUCCACAGACUCUUUCAGUGGCAAACCUCUCAAAAUUUAAUUAUAAUGGGAGGGGAAUAAUUGAAAAGAAGAAACUAUUAGCUAAUUAGUUGGUUUGUUAAGGACACUAGCUAGAAGGCCAGCAAAUUCUUGUAAUUUUUGUACCGAAACUUUUGUAUUUUAACGUAGUUUGUAUUGGUUUAUUUGUAUUGUUUAUUGUCAUUUUAAUCUCGUUAUUGGCGUUAAGCCCAGUUUUUUACACGCGAUUUCUGAUUACGUAUUCGCAACAUUUCAUUAGAUUGAUAGAACUUCGCAUGCUAAAUUAAUAUUACAUACACAGUAUUACAUACCCAGAUCACUGGUCUACCCUCUCCAAAACUGUAUCCUUCUUCUCGCGCGUCAGGCCACUUGGCCCGAAGUAAGGUGAUCUUUCGGCCAAUACCAAUAUCGAGCCCAGGGUCCAUUUGGUUCUUUCUGUUAGCAGUAUGGUCGCCAAAUUAUUUCAAUUGGGAAUUUUUUUUUUUUAUCGCAAAAAAGAUAUAGCGUCACCUUCUGAAGUUAUUAUGAUAAAGAUGAGGGAUGAAAACAUAGGUGAACGCAGUAAACGUGUUAAUUCUUCACCGUAUUUUCAUAGAGGGCGAAUGUCUUGUAUCCUGAUCACUAGUAAAAUGAUCAUGUGAAAUCAGGGAAAUAUCUCAUUGCAGAAGAAAAAUGAUUCGAUCGACCCGUAUUUCCCAAAUGAAACACAAACUAGACACGUUUUUUGUGUGGUUGCUGUAUUUUGGUCACCUAGGUUUGCCCAUGUGGCUUUUAUCUUUGUUUUAGCUCUGCAUGCAGCUGAAGAAAAAGUUCUGUUAUUUAGCUUGCAAGCCCCCUGUUUAUGUUUUCCAAGAAAGGCAACAUUGAAUUAACCUAGAGCUUGUCAGCGGUAUUCCAUGACGAAUUGCAAUUGCAUUAAAAGCCAAAAAAACGCGAAGGUUUCUUGGGUUGUUUCUCUAUGACCAAAACAUAAAAGCUUUUUUGAUGCCUAAUGAAUGUGUUAUGAGUAAAUGUUUUCUUUCAAAAGCUGAUAUAGAUGAUGACCACUUCGAAGGACGAUUUAGAAGAACAUCUUGAAUGCUCAAUUUGCCUCGAAAAGUUUACGGAGCCAAAAGCGUUGACCUGUCAACACAUCUUCUGCAAACAAUGCCUGGAGGGACUGGUGACUCGAGUCCGCAAACGAUACAGACGAUACAUUAUCAGGUGUCCCGUAUGCAGAGAAAAAAGUCAGGUAUGAAACCAGAAAUUAUUUAGGGAAACGGACCUUUAAUGGCCAAUUAACGUUGUAUCGUAUUGCAUAACAAAAAGCCAGGAAAUCAGGUCCAUAUUGUGCAACAAUAUUAAUAUGCAAAACUUUAAAAUUGAACAAUCCCUUUUAGGCACUGCACACCAAGAAACUAUAAAAUGACGAUUCGAAUAAAUAAGGGGGGGAAGGUUAGUUUCAUUGAGGCCUCUGUCAAUAUGUGGGUGGUAUUGGGAUGCCUCAUCUUCUUCUCCAAGAUUAUUUCAAAAUGAUUAUGGCCCUCCUUUGUGGUUUGAAACAUUUUUCCUUUACUGUUUGCGCACGAUAGUUAAUGCAUACUUUGAAAUCAGUAGUUGUCUACUUUCUGCAGUAAGUUGAUUUGAGAGAGUUUGACUACGUAUCUCAUUUUAAUAACGUGCAAUGGGUCUCGACAAAACGUUCCACAAGUUUUUUAUCGAAUAUUUACAAAGCUAUUGCACACAACAAGGUCUAAACGAAAUCCUCAAGGGGCUUGCAGAAGAGCACACAAUUCGCCUUUCAGCCUCUUAACAACAAAAUAUUAUAUUCUCUUUUCCUUUCCAUUCACUGAAAUGUCCAUAAUUAGUCUUGCUUCCUUUUCUCCUCAGGUACUCAAUGGCGAUGUCGCAAACCUUCCGUCCAACUACAUUAUAAAUCAUCUGCUGGAUCUCAGACGCACAAAUUCCAAGCCCUUUUGUAACAAACACGAGGACGAAAUCCUCAAGCUCUUUUGCCUGAAUUGUCAACAGUUGAUUUGUCAAGACUGCGCUUUAAUUGAUCAUCGCGAUCACAAGUACAACUUUGCUAAAGAUGUAUUUCCCGCUGAGAAAGAAAAGAUAGUAAAUGCCAUGCUGGAAUCAAAAGAAAAAGUCCUUGCUUUACAAGGAUCUAUGGGUGCUUUUGAGGAGCAGAAAAAGAGUCUGGAUCAAAACGCACGAGAGGUCGACCAGAAAAUUGACGGCUUCUUUAAUGAAGUAAUUCAGUUCCUAAAAGGAGAAAAGCAACGCAUGAAGGAUGAACUUAAAGGAGAAGUAAAGACCCAGAAGGAAAACAUUCAUGCAGAGUUGAGUUAUUUCGAAGCUUCACUCGAGUAUGCAAGCAGUAGACUUGAGGUUAUAGAACACCUCCUGGCUAAAGUAAGCGACGAAGAUGCCCUAUUGGCAAAGAACGAUAUGCUAAAACAACUCAGUGAUAUUAACAGUGUUUUGCCCCAUUUACAGCCAACCCCUCAGACGAUAUAUGACUUUGGGGCCGAUCACAUGUUGGAUGUGAUUAAUAAAAUGGAAGCUAUUUCUUUGCAUUAA